UCUUCCGCUUGCACUCCCAAUCGACCAAAUAUACAUGAGCAAAGAGAAGGAAAGGUCCCGGUCGAAUCCAUCGAUUACUACCGCCCAGACUCUUCCUUCAUGUUGAGUGCCUGUGUCCAAACCACGCCGCGCUGACCAUGUCGGAUCUGCGGCACGGAGAGCCGCUGGCGAAGCAAAGGAACAUCGACCCCAUCGCCCGGACUGACCAUCCGUGGGAUCUCCCUGCAACAGUCCCCCUCCCCCACCGAUGCGACUGCCCAGAGGACAGCGUUUUGGUGAUUCCCCGGGAGGCAAACCUCCCGAUUGACAGAGAAGCAAAGAAGGUCGUGGCACGGGUGUCACAAGCAGUAGUCGGCGUCGCCAGCAUUACCGUUUAUGGCGAUCAGCUGUGGAGAGCUUCAGGCUUUAUUGUCGAAUUUGAUGAAUCCAGCAUGAUUGGGACAAUAUUUUCAUGUGCAACUGUAUCUGAACACAUUCCGAUGUUCCCUAAAAUUGACAAGAUAAGAGUAUAUCUAUUUGAUGGUACCUCUUAUGACGCCACCAUAGAAGCUUGCGACAAUCACUGGAAUUUGUUAGUAUUGUCUGUUUCAUUUGGUCGUGCUGUCAAAACCAUGAACAUGGUGGAAAUUAGCGAGAACAGAAAUGCGAUGGAUGUUCAUCUUCAAGGAUUUGUGCUACAGCCUCACUCAGCUUCUGAAAGGCUUUGUCCUGGCGAUACCAUUAUCGGACUUGGUCGACAGUCUACAGAGCCUUUUGGGCUUCAAGCGAAUUGUGGAGUUUACAGCUACGAGCGUUGGGCAGAUCUCCCUAGGUUUUGCCAUGAAAUGCAGAAAGCAACAUUUAUAAACACAUAUGCGUCAAUUGGAGGUCCAGCAAUAAACAAAAAUGGCAGAGUCAUUGGAAUGCUUUUCCAUGAUCUAGACUGUACUCCUUUCAUGCCAUCCAACAUCAUUUUAAAAUGGUGGGAUCAUUUCAAAAAAACUAGGAUGUAUUGUCGUCCAACUAUGAGAGUUUUUGGUGUUAAUCUACAUAAUGCUCAGUCUUCACCUUGGGUAAAAGUUCCCACAUCUUUAUAUGAAAGCUAUGAUGAUGGCUUUCUUGUGGAGCGGGUACCUCGAUCUGUGAAAUCAGCGGGAUUACAGCAAAAAGAUCUUAUUAUUACAUGCAAUGGGAAACCUGUGGCUACGAGUUUACAGUUGUUCGAAAUCUUAGCGGAGAAUAUUGGAAAAAUGGUGGGGGUUACUUUUAUUAAGGCUGAGGACAACAGUAAGCAUUCAAUAUAUCUUCCUGUGGAGGAGACUCUGGAGAAAAACUUCUACAGCUGGCCAAUUGCACAGUACAGCAAUCUUUGCUAAUGUGGAGUGAGUUGAUGCCGUUUCGUGUUUUUUGGGGAUUCUGGUGAAGCUCCUCCUGUUUGGAGUUGUUUCUUUGAAGGGAAAUGCUGUUAUAGGAGAAUGAUGACCAUCGGCAGCACCAAGUUUCUCAUCUUUUUGUAGGCUGACAUACUAUUUAUCUCUUGGCAUUAUGUCAUGUCUCUACUAUGGUCGAGGAUGCUCUUUGUAAAUGCAUCAACGGUUCAGCUU